AGUCCUUUAUAAUGGUUUGAAGAAAAGGUUUACAGAACAAAGAAAGUCCUAAUGCAAUUUUGGUUCUUCUAGGGACUGGACUUGAUUGUUCAAAAGGUCCUUGCCAGUCCAAUGUUCCUAUCUUAGGAUCUUAACCUCAGUUAAGAUUCAUUAAAUUAUUGUGGGAAUAGUUUUGGAGAAAGAAAAACAAGACAAAAUGAAUGAGUCAUUUGGCUUAGUCAGAAUAACUACAUUGAGGUUUGAGUGCUAUUUUUUUAAAUCAUGUCUAGUGGUAUAAAAGAAGUUGAAAAAGAGAAAAGUUCUGUUUAUAAUUUGUAUAUUAUUUUAAUUUUUUUUCUAUACAAUAUUACAUUCCUCCUAUAAGGCUAUGGCCAAUAGUCUGAACUUCUCAGGUCUGUGAAAUACUUAUCUUUCUCCUAUUCCAUAGGGAUUACAGAAGGGUUGUCCUUCUACAGAAUACAGUAUCCACCUGCACUUCAUUAGAGAGCAGCAGUUGUACAUGCCACACCACAAGAUCACCAUGAUGACAUAGCAGCUUCAGUCAACAGCGUGACUAGGGGUUUUCUUCUGGUUUUUUUUUUCUUGGGUUUUUUUAGCUUUUGUAUUACAGAGGUUCUGGCAGCCAGUUACCUCCUGACACUAUUUACAGCAUAUAUUGGUCGAUACAGAUUCUCUUAUUGCAUCUGCUCUGGGAAUUAAAGAAAGCAGCUUCAAGGCUGUAAGAACAGGACACAAGGCAAAGAUGCAUCUAAACUCCGUGCCUUUCUUUCUGGUAUUGAUCAGUGGAAUUUUCUGUCAAUAUGACUAUAAUCCAGAUGACUAUGGUUAUGAGCGCUAUGUGCCAUCUUCAUCACUCUGUGCCCCAGAAUGUGACUGUCCUAUAAACUACCCAACUGCAAUGUACUGUGAUAAUCUUAAACUAAAAAGUUUUCCAAUUGUACCCUCUGGAAUAAAAUACCUAUAUAUCCGAAACAAUAUGAUUGAGGGCAUUGAAGAAAAUGCAUUUGAGAAUGUAACAGAUCUACAGUGGCUGAUCCUAGAUAAUAACCAUUUGGAAAACUCAAAAAUUAAGGGAAAAGUCUUUGCUAAACUGAAGAAUUUAAAGAAACUGCAUAUAAAUUAUAACAACUUGACUGAAGUUGUUGGACCACUUCCCAAAACCCUGGAUGAACUGCAACUUAGUCACAACAAGAUCUCAAAAGUCAGCCCCAAUGUACUAGAAGGACUUAUGAACCUGACUGUCAUUCACCUACAGAACAACCAGCUGAAAGGAGAUGUUCUUUCUGGGGCUUUUAGAGGCCUGAAUUCUCUUCUGUAUCUAGACCUGAGCUUCAAUCAAAUUACAAAGCUACCAACAGGACUGCCUCGCUCCUUACUCAUGCUAUAUUUUGACAACAACCUGAUCAGCAAUGUUCCUGAUGAGUUCUUCCAGGGUUUUAAAGUCCUGCAGUAUUUACGUUUGUCUCACAAUAAGUUGGAAGAUUCUGGAAUACCAGGCAAUGUUUUCAAUAUCUCCUCACUAGUCGAACUGGAUCUCUCCUUUAACAACCUGAAGAGUAUUCCAACAGUCAGUGAAAACCUUGAAAACUUCUACCUCCAAGUCAACAAAAUUAACAAGUUUCCACUGAGCAGCUUUUGUAAAGUUGUUGGACCAGCAACCUAUUCCAAGAUAACACAUUUGCGCUUGGAUGGAAAUAAUCUCACUCGAGCUGACCUACCACAUGAAAUGUACAACUGUCUCCGUGUAGCUACAGAGAUCUCACUGGAGUGAUGGGCCUCAAAACCUUUAAUUUCUUUCUAAGGGCCAUAAUCAUAUGAUUUACAUCACACUCACUCUUUAAAAUUAGGAUAUACCAAGGGUCAAUUUGCAUAUUAUCUAUUCUGUUUGUUAAUAUUUAGCUUGAACAUGGUGAUCCUAAAAAAUAUGUUUGUGCAUAGCUUUACAAAUAGUUUCAGUUGUCUGUGUUAGGAAAUAGGAGGAGGACUUGCUUCAGCCAAAAAUAAAGACCCCAUCUAGCUUUCAAGUGAAAGUAAUAAAUAUCACAGUUGUAACAGUUUCUGUACUCACAAACAACACACACACAGAUACACACACAUACCAUCUAGGCUAAGUACAGACAGUCAAAAAACAUGAGGCUAAAUUCAUUCAAUCUAGGCAGCUCCCUCGAAGCUGAGUAGGUUGAACCAAUAACCAACUGAACUGACAUUCAGUUUUCAAUUGGGAAAGGUGGAGCGGAGGGAAUUUCCUCUGCUCCCCGGCAUUUGUUUUGCCUCAGACGCUCAGCACCCAAAGCAAAACCAGCUAGGGAGAAGCAGGAGAAUUUCCCUCUACUCCCUGAAGCUGCCUGAGACUUGCAGGGGCUGAGGCAAGCCUCUCUGCCCUUCCAGAGGGGAAAAAUUCCCCUCAGCAACCUAGGGCUACCUAGGCUAGGGGACCCUAGGCUAAGGUGGGGGGAAGCCCCCCAAGGCAGGGGCUCCCCAAUGCCUCCAUGCUGGACUGCAUGGCAGACACCCAGCUAGGGCAACUCCUUCUUCCUCUCUCCUGUGGCAGCCGCUGAAGCAAACAGCAUCUGGGAAUGGGGAGGAGGAAAAAGAGAGAGCUGCCAAGGGCUGAAAAGCUCCCAGCAAAGGGACUUUCCUUCCCCCAUGUGCUGUGUAGACCCUGACUAGAGUGAUAUGGGGGUCUAUUCCCCUGCCUUCCCAUCCCUAUGAGCUAAUGGAUGCAGGCAGGAAACAGGCUAAGGAGCAGAGGAGUGAGGCAGUCCCUGCUCCACUGGAGCAGGCAGCAUAUCCCAGGGCUACAAAGCAUCCUGGGAUGCUGGGGGGCGGGUCUGCGAAUUAAUUGCACCAGGAAGGGAUCUGGGACAGAAGUUCCAUAAACCUGGUUUGACCUAAAUCAAUGAGGUCUGAUACUAUAUCUAACCAGGUUUAUCUUAAACUGGUUUUGGUUAUUUGUAAAGCAGUUUAUGUGCACUGAACUUCUGUUCUGUUACAGGUUUAAAUCAGUUUCUGAUCACUUAAACUGGUUUAUGCAUAACUUCUGUCCCUAACCCUGCAGUGUAGAGUCUUGCUCAGGUUUGCAUAGAAGUCAGAUGAGUUUGGGCAGAAUUCUGAAUGGUAUUUUAGGGCUAAAUUGUGUAUAGGUACAAUACCCUUCUGGGUCACACUCAAUAUUCAUAUUAUACAUUUUUUUUGCCAUGUUUAGCAAUCACUAAGGAAAAGCAUAAUUUAGCAAUGAAAAUUAUAAAAUUUGAAGAAAAUACAUUUUCAGAGUCCCUGGCAGACUGAAAUUAAUUAAAUACUUGACAGAUGAUGGGGAAACACAAUUAUUUUUUCCAGGUAUUUAGUUGUUUAUUGAUGUUUUUGUCAUAUUUACAUUUAAACAUUCAUGGCAAGAUUUUUAUCCGCUACUGGUAGAAUUGCUAUUUCACAGUAAGUCAUAUGUACAUGUAUUUUUAUUCAAUUAUUUGCAUGCUACAUUUAACCAGAUUGUAGAAAAUAAACCAUAGCAAAUAGUACUGUUGUGUCCAUAUCAUUGUCAAAUAUGUUUGAGUCUUUUAUACAUUUCAAAAAGAAAUUCAGGUUAAAGCCAAAAAAUCUAAAUAUAAUAUUUUUCUGAAUUUAUUGUAACAUUAAAUAAAGUGUUUUCUGUA